CAACAGCAACAGCAGCAAGAUGUCGGAAAGAAGCAGCCAGGUCUAUUAUUCGUUCAAAAUCCAAACUUUGCGCGUGGAGUCCGUGCACAGCCCUCCUCCGGCCGAGGGUGCCGUCCAGCAGCAGCGCUCCGAGGCGCCGCGCUCCGCCUCGCCGAAGGAAGCAGCCGUCGCUUCGCCCAAGGAAGGAGCGAGACCCAAGGAAGGGGCGCCAGGCAAGGAAGCUCCUUCACCCACCGAAGGAGCCAGACCCAAGGAAGUUGCUUCGCUUAAGGAGGCUCGUUCACCCAACGAAGGAGCCAGACCCAAGGAAGUCGCGCCAGGCAAGCAGGGCUCGGCGCCUGCGCUGCACCAGCUCCUUUCCCCCGGCGACAGGGACAAAGGCGUCCAGGAUCCUGCCCCGAAAGUCUUCAUCCCUUCCUCCGACAGCAUGCCAGACAAGAAGUUCUUCGAGAAUCUCUCGGGAGAAGGGAAAGCCAUCGGGGUGUUGACCAGCGGAGGCGAUGCGCAAGGUAUGAAUGCAGCAGUCCGUGCGGUAGUGCGUAUGGGAAUUUAUGUUGAAGCAAAAGUAUAUUUUAUCUAUGAGGGUUACGAGGGCAUGGUUGAUGGAGGUGACAACAUUGUUGAAGUCACAUGGGAAAGUGUUUCAAGCAUCCUCCAAGUGGGAGGAACGGUCAUUGGCAGUGCACGCUGCAAAGCUUUUCGGACCCGGGAGGGCCGCUUGAAGGCAGCCUGCAACCUGGUGAAGUGUGGCAUCACCAACCUUUGUGUGAUUGGUGGGGACGGCAGCUUAACAGGGGCUAAUCUUUUCCGUGAGGAGUGGAAUAGCCUUUUAGAGGAACUGGCACAAAAUGGUGAGAUUGAAAAAGGGGCUGUCAAGAAGUACGCUUACCUCAACAUUGUGGGAAUGGUUGGCUCCAUCGACAAUGACUUCUGUGGUACCGAUAUGACCAUUGGCACUGACUCUGCCUUGCACAGAAUCAUUGAAGUUGUGGAUGCCAUUAUGACCACUGCUCAAAGCCAUCAGAGGACCUUUGUCCUGGAGGUGAUGGGGAGACACUGUGGGUACCUAGCUCUUGUUAGUGCCUUAGCCUGUGGUGCAGAUUAUGUCUUUAUUCCUGAAUAUCCACCUGAGGAAGGAUGGGAAGAUCAUAUGUGUUCUAGGCUUUCUGAGAACCGUGCACGAAAGAAAAGGCUGAAUAUCAUAAUCGUAGCAGAAGGUGCCAUUGAUUGCCACAACCAGCCUAUAACUUCAGAGCAAGUUAAGGAUCUUGUGGUGCAGCGACUAGGGUAUGACACUCGCGUGACUAUCCUUGGCCAUGUGCAAAGGGGAGGCACUCCCUCUGCAUUUGAUAGGAUUUUGGCAAGUCGCAUGGGUGUGGAGGCUGUCCUUGCCCUUCUAGAGGGCACACCUGAAACUCCUGCCUGUGUGGUCUCCCUGUCUGGAAACCAAGCUGUCCGCCUGCCUUUAAUGGAGUGUGUGCAGAUGACCCAAGAAGUACAGAAAGCCAUGGAUGGAAAAAGAUUCAGUGAGGCUGUGCAACUUCGUGGAAGGAGUUUUGAGAACAACUUGAAUACUUACAAGCUGCUGUCUACCAAAAAGUCGGCUGCCGACCUUCCCAAGACUAACUUCAAUGUAGCUGUUUUAAAUGUUGGUGCUCCAGCAGCUGGAAUGAAUGCUGCAGUCCGCUCUGCCGUGAGGAUCGGUAUAACUGAAGGACACAAAAUGUUUGCUGUCACUGAUGGAUUUGAAGGCUUUUCUAGAGGGCUGAUCAAAGAAAUCAGCUGGGGAGAUGUUGGAGGUUGGACUGGCCAAGGCGGGUCAAUUCUUGGCACAAAACGUGCACUCCCUGGAAAGUAUUUGGAGAAGAUUGCAGAACAAAUGCGAACUCAUAACAUCAGUGCCCUCCUGGUAAUUGGUGGAUUUGAGGCCUUCGAUGGCUGUUUGCAGUUAUUUGAAGCACGGCCCCGUUUUGAGGAGUUUUGCAUUCCUAUCUGCGUUGUGCCUGCUACUAUUAGCAACAAUGUGCCCGGCACUGACCUCAGUAUCGGUGCUGACACUUCCCUGAAUGCCAUUGUAGAGACAUGCGACCGAAUCAAACUGUCGGCAAGUGGGACAAAGCGACGUGUGUUCAUCAUUGAAACUAUGGGCGGCUAUUGCGGCUACUUGGCAAAUAUGGGUGCCCUCGCUGCAGGAGCUGAUGCUGCAUACAUCUUUGAAGAGAAAUUUGAUAUCAGAGAGCUCCAGGCCAACGUGGAACAUUUGACUGAAAAGAUGAAAACCAGCAUUCAACGUGGUUUGGUGCUGAGGAAUGAAAACAGUAGCGAGAAUUACACAACUGACUUCAUUUACCAGCUCUAUUCCGAAGAAGGGAAAGGAGUCUUUGACUGCAGAAAGAACGUACUGGGUCACAUGCAGCAGGGUGGCGCUCCUUCGCCAUUUGACAGAAACUUUGGGACAAAAAUUUCAGCGAAAGCUGUGCUUUGGCUCUCCAAGAAACUCCAAGAAUGCUAUCGAAGAGAUGAAGGAAGGGUAUUUGCCAACACUGAGGACAGUGCUUGCCUCCUGGGAAUGCGCCGGAGGAACUUUAUUUUCCAGCCUGUGGUUCAACUAAAGGAUGAAACAGACUUUGAGCACCGAAUUCCCCGCGAACAGUGGUGGCUGAAGUUACGGCCCCUGAUGAAAAUUCUGGCCAAAUACAAGACCAGCUAUGAUGUGUCAGAUUCGGGCCAGUUGGAGCAUGUGCGCAGACCAAAACAGGCAGAAGCGUGAGCCGACGGGUCCAAGGUGUCCUCCUGUUAAAAGGUUGCAAUAGCUCUCCAUUGUGUGUCAACGAUGUUUUAGAAUACUUGUUGCAGCUUCGUUUCGUAACAUCUUAAGUUAUUGUACCAGCACUUUAUGUGGAAAAACAAAAAGCCGCCAUCACAGACACUCUCUGCCUGUUAUUGUCCUAGGCUUCUUAAAAAGACACCACACAAAACACCCUAGAGCCUAACUUAACAACAAAAAACCCAACUUACCAAUGUGCUCCUUACCAAUAACCUGUGCAAAAACGGUUCUAUGCACUCCGUGUGAUGCUAUUCAUCUCUUGCACUUUUACCAGAUAGUGUUUACACUUAGAGAGUAUGUUACAGAGGCUUAGUUUUGUGUCAAACUAAAAAGGAAACAUAUAUGUCCCCCAACAAAAUAAAAUACUAUAUUAAAAGUAA